CUUGGAGAAUUAAGGACAGAUUUUAAGACUCCAUGACAACUCCUGGCUAUGCGUUGAAGCCCUAACCUUAAUGUCUCCUUUUCUCGGAUGCCUUCCGGGAUCUGACCCUUUUUUUCUGUCUUGCCUCCAUGCGGGGCAGAGAGGGGUCAGAUUUCUGAUCACUGUCCAGUUCUGACCUUUUUCAGGACCAGAUGUCCCUUGAGGACAUGCCCAGAGCCGAGGCACUGUUGGUUGGAUGAAUAUUUGCAGAGCCCAGCAAAGUGUUCAACUUACGUGUUACCCCACAGUUGCUAGAAUGGGGAGCACCAGAGCCGGGUGGCUGUGGUCAUGUCUCCUGAUGCUGUUGGCCACACUCCGCAAGUCAGGGAGUCAAGAUCCUACCUGCACGGUUUACCCAAGCAAUGUAGACUGGAAGCAGACAUUUAAUGACACCUGCCUCAAUUUCAGUGGCCUUGGCCUGUCCCUGCCGUGGAGCCAGCCCUUGCAGGCCAGCAAUGCUCACGUCCUGGACCUGUCUGACAAUGGCCUGCACGUGCUCCCUGGGGUCUUCUUCUCCACCAUGGAAAAGCUGAAAAUCCUGAUUGUCACCCACAACCCGCUGGACAGUGUGGACAGGUCACUGGCCCUACGCUGUGACCUGGAGCUCAGGGCAGACUGCAGCUGUGGGCUAGCCUCCUGGCACGAUAUCCGCCUCCGCCAGAACUGCUCCGGACAGCAGCAGCAGCCGCCGCUGUGUCUACACCCGGCCACUGCAGUUCCCAGAAACCUCUCCACCUUCCUUCAGGUCAGCUGUCCUGCUGGCUGGGGCCCGGGUACCAUUGGCGCCCUUGUUGCGGGUUCUAUCUUCCUGGCUUUGGCUGUCAGUGGGUCUGUGCUGGCCUGGAGACUUCUUCGCCGGCGAGCUAGUAAACAGAGCCUCAGCAAGGCCCAGAAUUCACACGAUGUCCCCAGAGCAAUGACAGACUUCCUGCCAAGGUAUAGCAGCCGGCGACCUGGCCCCAAGGCCCCAGACUCGCCGCCCAGUAGGUUCACAACGGAUUAUGAGAAUGUCUUCAUUGGUCAGCCUGCGGAGGACUGCUCAUGGUCUACAGGCAGAGGGACCUUCAGCCGACACCAGAGAGCAGAUCUGGCCGGGAGGCUUCAGUUGCCACUUCAGCUUGUCCACGCCACGGCUCUGACUGGAAGCACGGCAGGAAAGGACCGGCUGCUGUCUCGAGUUGGGCCUCAUCUUCCCAUGGUAUCUCUGCGUGCAGUUGUGGUGCUGAUCCUGCCUCACGUGGUCUCCAGAUGUGGACCUGUGUACUGGAGGCUUUCCACAGAGAUUUCGGGGCCAGCCAUGUGCGAGGGUUCCACCCUCCCCUUACUCACGUCAUCCCGGGGGCCCUGCGAGGUCACAGCACUGCCUUUUCAUCCAUUCUGCCCCCCACCCCUUCUCUUCCUUUCCUCCCCCAACCCCUACGACUCCCCAGCCCCAGAUCCUGGGUCGGGGCUCCACACUGGGUGGCUCUUCCUGCCUCUCCGUGUGCCCCUUUUCCCUGUCCUUCCCACUAGGGGUCACUGCUGACCAGACAGAGUACACUUAACGCCCCUUCUGUGCUGUCUUGACUCCAGAUUGUUACCUUGACAGAAUCUGGAAUUAAACCCAAAACUGGAGACCACA